AUGGCGAGUACGUUAACAAGCGCUCAACAGCAAGAGUUAAAAGACGCUUUUGAUGUAUUUGAUACAGAUGGCUCAGGCAAAAUAUCACAUCGAGAAUUAGGUAAUAUAUUCAAAGCAUUAAAUGUUAAAGUCAAUGAUAGUCAAUUGAAACAAUUAGUCAACGAAAUGGAUACUAAUGGAAGUGGUCAAAUUGAAUUUGAUGAAUUUUGUCGAGUAAUGGCUGCGACAUAUUUUAAACAAUAUUCUCAAGAUGAAUUACGUGCUGCUUUUCGUCAAUUUGAUCAAGAUGGUUCAGGUUAUAUACAAGCUGAAGAAUUGGAACAUAUCAUGCAAAAAAUGGGUCGACCUUAUAAUAAAGCUGAAAUUAAUGCAAUGGUUAAAUCAUUAGAUCAAAGUGGUGAUGGAAAAAUAGGAUUUGAUGAAUUUGUUCAAUUAUUUAAAUAG